AUGCUCAAAGGUUUUGAAGUUCUCUGUAAACGUUUACUUUUCCAUCUUGUUAAAGCUAGCGCUGGUUCUCCAAAAUGUUUUAUUGUAAAUUUAGGAGCAAAUAAAUUUUAUUUAAAAAUUAAUUUUGAGGCACUCCCUUUUGCUCUGGUUGGCUUAAGCCUCUUGCUUUGCUCGUUCUCUUCGUCUUGGCCAUCUUCGUUCUUCCCCUUCUACGAUAUUUUCCAUUUUGGGACUGAUCAGCAGGAAUGUGUCAAAACAUUUUUUAUGUCGACAAAUUGUCAAUAUGGACAAAAAUCCUUUUUAUUCGACACAAUACGUGAUUACAACAAUUUUCCUAGCGAAAACCCUUUAUUUGAUACACCACAACAUUCCCCACAUAAUGAGUUUACAAUAUUGCUAACAACAACUAAAACAAAUAUAAAGUGAAGUUUACAAACAUAAGCUACUAUAAAAACUAAAAUA